UCGUGUUUCUCACUCUUUGCUGCUGAUCGGAGCUAGCCAAACAUCCUCACAUGUGCUGUUGUUACUGCUUGCGUCGCUCCAUCGGACCAGCUCCCAUCACAACCCAUAUUUUCUUCUCUAUUCUUGUACCUAGUUGUCGUUCGGUUUUAUGGAGGGUUUCCCUCCAAAUCUUGAUCCCGAUGUUUCUACGUCAUUGGAAGGACAAUUGGAUAAAGCAAAAUUAGGCUCAAAAUCGGUUACUGUUUUCACCUCGAAUCUUCCUUCUGGUUCUUAUCAAGCUAAUAAAGUGUCUAUAUGUGUUAAUAAAUUCAAUCUAGAUGAAAAAUUGGCUAAACCUAGGGUUACCGGUUUGGAAAAUAGCGAUCUUCUGAAGAAAUUGAGCUCCAAUCCUCCGAUUCAGUUACAUUACAGCCGGAACUUUGUCAAAUCAAACAGUUGGAGACGAAUUGGGUUCAAGAUCGUCGGUGCUAAAAGGUUGCUUUGGUUGGAGAUGACAGGAGGGAAAAGGGGGAUCGUGUGUGAUGUUUCUGGAAUAGAGGGAGGAGACAUGUGUGGUGUUUUUGGGAUGGAGAAAUCAAUGGUCAGUAAUGGAAUGGUACUCAUCGGAAGUACCUAUGUCGCUUUUCUGGAACAGGGCACCUGAGAGAGAGAGAGAGAGAGAGAGAGAGAGUUUAUAUAUUUAAUACUUAUAUUUAGUUUUUUCUUUUAAAAAAAAUAACUGAAAAUAUCAUAAAGGGUCCCUAUGGUGGUGAAAUGACGAAAAUACCCUUCAGUUAACGGACAAACUUAACAGAGUUAACAAAAAGGACCAAACAUCAAAAGUUUUGAAAACAAAGGGACCAUCUAUGAGGUUUUUAAAACCACAGGGACUAAACUUCAGAUUUUGGGAAACCACAGGGACCAUUUAUGAUGUUUUUUCAUUCUACUCGAUCAAUCAACAUAUCGUUUUUUAGAUUUAGAAAGAAUUUUUUUAUAUUAUGAUCGUUUUGUUUACACAAUCUACAAAAACUAAUUUUUUUCUUUUGUAAUGUGCAUUCCAUUUUGUAGCCAUGUCAAGCAAGGACGACAUUUUCCCUUCUGUUCUAACUCUAAAUUUGGAAGCAUUCCUCAAAUAGAUGUCUCAAGACAAUAUGCUUCAUGAGGGACCGGGGGAAACUCAAUGCCCAAAUAGUAGAAUACUCAAAAAUUGAGUAGGAUUGUUAAAUAUAUUAACUUGUGGUAUUUAAAGAGAGGCACAAACAUUCAAUACAUGAGAACAUGAAUAUUUAUAUAUAUCCCACUUACCUACGUGCAAGUUUUUUCUCCAAAUCAACUACUUGCACAUUUUUUUUC